AUGCGGCCCGCGGCGGGAGGAGCGGGCGCCGGGCUCCGCUGGCUGGGCCUGGCCGCCCUGCUGGCCGCCCUGCUGGGCACCCCGUGCGCGGCGGCGCAUCAGGACGAUAAGGCCAUCUCCGUGCCGGACCACGGCUUCUGCCAGCCCAUCUCCAUCCCGCUCUGCACGGAUAUCGCCUACAACCAGACCAUCCUGCCCAACCUGCUGGGCCACACCAACCAGGAGGACGCCGGCUUAGAGGUGCACCAGUUCUACCCGCUGGUCAAGGUGCAGUGCUCGGCCGAGCUCAAGUUCUUUCUCUGCUCCAUGUAUGCACCGGUUUGCACCGUACUGGAGCAGGCCAUCCCACCCUGCCGCUCCCUAUGUGAACGGGCUCGCCAGGGUUGCGAGGCGCUCAUGAACAAGUUUGGUUUCCAGUGGCCGGAGCGGCUCCGCUGUGAGAACUUUCCCGUGCACGGUGCGGGCGAGAUCUGCGUGGGGCAGAACACAUCGGAUGCCCCGCCAGGGCCCGGUGGCGCUGGAGGUCGGGGAGCCACGGCACAGCCCACUGCCGGCUACCUACCCGACCUCACCCCGCCACAGCCCGCUGCUGGCUUCUCCUUUUCUUGCCCUCGGCAGCUCAAGGUGCCCCCCUACUUGGGCUACCGCUUCCUGGGGGAGCGGGACUGUGGAGCCCCCUGUGAGCCGGGCCGGCCCAACGGGCUCAUGUACUUCAAGGAGGCCGAGGUACGUUUUGCCCGGCUCUGGGUGGGCGUGUGGUCCGUGCUCUGCUGUGCAUCCACCCUCUUUACUGUGCUUACCUACCUGGUGGACAUGCGCCGCUUCAGCUACCCGGAGCGACCCAUCAUCUUCCUCUCGGGCUGCUACUUCAUGGUGGCGGUGGCUUAUGCGGCGGGAUUCCUGCUGGAGGAGCGGGUGGUAUGCCUGGAGCGCUUCUCUGAGGAUGGCUACCGUACCGUGGCCCAAGGCACCAAGAAAGAAGGCUGCACCAUCCUCUUCAUGAUCCUCUACUUCUUCGGCAUGGCCAGCUCCAUCUGGUGGGUCAUACUGUCCCUCACCUGGUUCCUGGCAGCUGGCAUGAAGUGGGGCCACGAGGCCAUAGAGGCCAACUCCCAGUACUUCCACCUGGCUGCCUGGGCCGUGCCUGCUGUCAAAACCAUCACCAUCCUAGCCAUGGGGCAGGUGGAUGGCGAUGUGCUCAGCGGGGUGUGCUAUGUGGGCAUCUACAGCGUGGACUCACUGCGGGGCUUCGUGCUGGCGCCGCUCUUUGUGUACCUCUUCAUUGGCACCUCCUUCCUGCUGGCCGGCUUUGUGUCAUUGUUUCGCAUCCGCACCAUCAUGAAGCAUGAUGGCACCAAGACGGAGAAGCUGGAAAAGCUGAUGGUGCGCAUUGGGGUCUUCAGCGUCCUCUACACAGUCCCUGCCACCAUUGUCCUGGCAUGCUACUUCUAUGAGCAGGCCUUCCGUAGCACCUGGGAGAAGACGUGGCUCCUCCAGACGUGCAAAACCUACGCUGUGCCCUGCCCUAGCCACUUCGCCCCCAUGAGCCCGGACUUCACAGUCUUCAUGAUCAAGUACCUCAUGACCAUGAUCGUUGGCAUCACAACGGGCUUCUGGAUCUGGUCUGGCAAAACCCUACAGUCCUGGCGGCGCUUCUACCACAGACUGAGUACCGGCAGCAAGGGCGAGACGGCGGUAUGAGACCUCCACCCACCCUGGCACACACGCAGAAGAGAGGGUACUCGGCAGAAGGGAGGCAACAGCGGCUCCCUGAAGACGGAGGAAGGGGGGAGGCUUUCCAAAACUUUGGCUUUCUCACAGCGGGGUUAAAAAAUGAUCAUCGCAUAAAGGACUACGUGCGCUGUGUCCAAUGGUGCUUACGCCCGGCUGAGAGGAAAAGCACAGAAAGAGGCCGCUGCCGGGGCGGGAGAGCCCUUCGCUUUCCAGACAGCCCCCUCUCUUUUCCGUGUGCGGGAAGGAAACCAACGCGGCCGAGGCAA